CAGGCCAUCUCAGAAGGCCAGCGACUUUCGGAACAAGAAGCCACAGACUUCUGAAUCAUGGGAACCAGCCGGCGCAGUCAGUCCUUGCGAGGACCAGGGCCCUGCUAUGGCAAGCUCCAAGAGACCCAGGGGAGGCCACUUGAGGGCAGACUCCGCCGGGCACUGAGCCUCAGACAAGGCCAUGAAAAACCCAGGCUCCGGGGACUUGAUGGAAGUGUGGAAGGACAAGAAGCCCCUGCUCAGGAGCGACCGCCGGGGACCCUAGGGGACACAGAGCGACUGAUCGAAGCCCAACAAGGAAACAGUCGUAGGUGGCUUAGGCAAUACCAACAGCAGGUAAGGAGAAGGUGGCAGAGCUUUGUCUCCAGUUUACCCGGUGUGACCCUGAGUCGACCCACCUCUCCGGAACAUCCACUAGACAUCACCAGCUGUAAGCCAUGACAGCCUCUCACUGUACCCAACUGGAUUGCUUUGUUGGCCUCGCCUCACCUGCCUCUUUUGGCUUUUCUGGACUCUGAACUGCUCCAACCUUCGGCCUUUGUCAUGUGACCCAAGGAGGCUUCUGCCAACAGCUCGUUUAAGGUCCUGCGUGGCUGCCCUUUUGGCUCUGGCCCUCCCACCCUCUGGCCAGUUCUCAGCAAAGAUCCCUGUAGGCCUGAAGAGAAGGGCUUGGCUCUCUGCCCUUUAGGCUAGACACCCCGUGGACUAUGAUACAUUUGAAGACCUUCACAGAAGUGAGAAUGUUGAUGUCCAAGCCCCACACAGACCAGCCAUCUACUUCCAGGACAGAGCUCAGUGAAGCCAAACGUGGCCGAAAAGCUCUUGGAGGUCACCUGGUCACCUGACUAAGAUUCUACCUCCCUUCUGGUCAAGCUGCUAGUGCUGGGUUAGGAUAUGGGUCUGUCUCACAGACAGUGAGCUAUAAAGGGCAAAGACCAUGUCUGUGAGGCCCAUAGUGCUGGGCAAGGUAUCGCUGAGAGGCCCAGCCUUGGCUGCUGCUGCCUCUGGUCUUUAGGGAGCCUUCCCUUCCUAUGUCACAGAGGGAGAAACAGGCCUCAACAGAAGAAGGUAUCUCCACCCUCAUC